AUGACUGUCUCUAUCCAAGAUCAAGGCCCCGUGAACGUGCCUCUUGGAAAGUGGCCAGCAACAUCGCCGUCCAACCUGUCCUCUGCAGACGCCGACGCGGUUGCGCAAGGAGUCGUGGAUCAACUCAACCAGGCAGUGGCAAAGGGCGAUUUCGGGUCGGUCGCGUCUCUAUUCUACAGCACCGGCUACUGGCGAGACCACCUUUGCCUGGCCUGGGAUCUCAAGACAGUAAAAGGCCCCAAGGACAUUGCUGCAUUCCUGCAAAGCUCGAAGACUGGGCCCUUCCAAGUCGAAAUCGAUCGCACUUCUGCUUUUCGACAACCGACAGCCUGCGCACUCGAUGGACUCGGUAACUCGCAUGGAAUUCAGUUUUUCACCACGAUUACACUCGAGUUUGGAAAGGGGAGGGGUCUUGUUAGACUAGUGGAGGAGGAUGGGCAGUGGAAGAUCCUGACACUGUUUACCUCGUUGGUCGAGUUGAAGGGACAUGAGGAGCCACUGAAUGGGCGUCGCUCGAAGGGAGUCGAGCACGGAGGACGACCCGACCGCAAGAACUGGAAGGAGCGACGAGAGGAGGAUGCUGAGUUUACCGAUAGAGAACCCGCCGUGUUGAUUAUUGGCGCCGGCCAGGGCGGCUUAACAGCUGCAGCUCGGCUGAAGAUGCUCAACGUCGACGCCCUGGUCAUUGACCAGAAUGACCGCAUUGGAGAUAACUGGCGCCAGCGAUAUCGCCAGCUCGUUCUCCACGACCCCGUCUGGUACGACCAUAUGCCCUACGUGAGCUUUCCACCUCACUGGCCAGUCUUUACGCCAAAGGACAAGCUCGCCGAGUGGUUCGAGUCCUACGCAAAGGUACUCGAACUGAACGUCUGGACGAGGACGACUCUUAGAACUCCAACAUGGGAUGGGAAGAAGUGGACUGUCGUCCUUGAGCGACGGAAUGCUGAUAACAGCGUGUCUACGAGGACUAUUCACCCGCGCCAUAUCAUUCAGGCCACUGGCCACUCUGGCGAGAAAUAUGUCCCACCGCUUGCUGGCCUGGAUAGCUUCAAGGGCGAUCGCAUCUGCCACAGCUCGGACUUCGAGGGCGCCCUGCACGAACACAAGGGCAAAAAGGCGAUCGUCAUUGGAUCGUGCAACUCCGGCCACGAUAUCGCGCAGGAUUUCUACGAAAAGGGCUACGAGGUCACGAUGGUCCAACGGAGUACCACGUGCGUUGUCUCCUCGGAGGCAAUCACGAACAUUGGCCUUGCUGGUCUGUACGACGAGAAUGGACCGCCAACUGAGGAUGCAGAUCUGUGGCUCUGGGGUUUGCCUGCUGAGUUACUCAAGACACAACAGAUUGGCGUGACUAAAUUGGAGAACGAGCAUGACAAGGCUACGCUUGAUGGUCUCGAGCGAGCGGGAUUUAAAGUGGACAAGGGACCGGAUGGAGCGGGCCUGCUGCAGAAGUAUUUCCAGCGUGGUGGUGGAUACUACAUUGAUGUCGGUGCAAGUCAGUUGAUCAUUGAUGGAAAGAUCAAGGUCAAGCAAGGAGUUGAAAUCGAACAAGUUCUGCCCCGGGGUCUGAAGUUUGCCGAUGGAAGCGAGCUCGAGGCAGAUGAGAUUAUCCUUGCUACCGGAUACCAGAACAUGCGCACGCAGACCAGACGCCUGUUUGGGGACGAGACGGCGGAUGCAGUUGGCGAUGUGUGGGGAUUCGACGCAAACGGCGAGAUGCGAGGCAUUUGGAGGCCGUCGGGACACCAGGGGCUGUGGUUCAUGGGAGGCAACCUGGCGAUUUCAAGAUACUAUUCCAGGAUCCUGGGAUUACAGAUCAAGGCUACUGAGAUUGGCCUUUCUCAUUAACAUGGAGCCCUCACAGGAGAUAGAUGAUAAAUGAUGAAUAAUACCUGAUAAAU